AUGAAUGAGUGUUCAGCUUCCGGAAUUCUCCUUAGCAUACGAUAUUGCAAUAGGAAACGAUUAUCGGCGCUAUAUAAGAGGCUGAGCGGCGCAAAAGUGAAGAUUGAGAGGCGAAUUGAAGCUCCCAGACCUGUCAGCUUCAGCAUGAGUGCUCUUUUCCAAGAAAUCAAAGGACGUCAACAGGCCUUCAUGAAAGCUUUCAAUGCUGGGGACCCGAAAGGCGCUGCAGCUGUAUACGAUCCUGACGGUUACUUUAUGCCUAACGGUCGCAACCCAGUAAAGGGUCGCGCUGGUAUCGAAGAGUAUUUCAAGGAAGACAUGGCUGAUGGUGUUCAGACAGCACAGAUCAUCACCGAGGAGGUAAAUGGAGGUGGCGAUUGGGCGUUCGAGAGAGGCAGUUAUCAUCUGGAUGGAACUCGUGGAAGAGAAAGCGGUGCUUAUCUCCAAGUGUGGAAAAAAGUUGACGGCGAAUGGCUCAUCCACAACGACUGCUUCAAUGUGGUGAAAGCCGCCGGCAAAUAAAAAGGGCGAACACGAGCUCCUCAAUUUCUUCGCAUCACCUUCAAUCAGCUUGGGAUUGUGGGCGAUUAUAAAUGUUGAUGAUUGAAUGUUCUUUUAGUAUCUCCAGUAAAGUAGUUGC